AUGGCCAAGCCUGAUGCAAUUGCUAUUUCCUAUUCUAUGCCAAGCUCAUACCCAAAUGACUUAUUUACUCUCGUUUCAAAAGGAAAAAUCUCUUCCCUUUAUGAUUCAAUCAAAGAAAUGGCUCCAAGUGAAAUUUUAUACCAACUCUCUCGUCAAGAUCAUGAAGGUAAAACUUUAAUCCAUUAUUCUUGCUAUCUUGAUCUUGAAAUUAUUUCUCUCUAUCUUGUCUCUUUAGGCUCAAACCUUACCAAUGUUGAUAGAAACGGUCAAAAUUGCUUUCAUGUCUUAGCUUUCAAAGGAAACUAUAAGACCCUAAAUACAAUUUUAAACUUCGAAUUGCACAAAUUAAGAAAGAAUCUUUAUGAUAGCAUGAAUUCUAUGAAAUGAGACUUUGGUAUGGGAAAUAUAAAUCUUUCAAAUACAGCUGGCUGGAUUUUAACUUCUAGCAUCGAUAGCGAUCUAAAGAUCAAGGCAAAAAAGCUCAAAUAUUCAGUAGAGCUUAUCCAAAAGCUGCGUGAUUAUUUUUCACAAGUUGUGCAAAUAUACAAUUCAGCUUUAAGCCAAGUUGAUUCUAGAGGAAGAAAUCCUUUGCAUUAUGCUGCAUUAUCGAAAUUUACAUGAUGCCACAAAGUUGUAGAAAGUCUUCUUUCCCCUCAUAAAGUUGAAAAUUUCUCUGAGUUCCUUUUAAACUUUGAUAGUUUAGAAAGGCUUAAAAAUUCCCCAUUCAAAAUUGACCCCAAAAAGUAUUUGAGUGUCCUUGACGAAGUCAAAAGCAUAAUAGGAAGCAAUGAGUAUAAAAUUUGUUUUAAAGAAUUCAAGGAUGCAUUGAAAACAGUUAUUACAAAUGCUAUAAAUUUAAAAGAUAACAAAGCGAAAACUCCACUAAAAAUUGCAACAAUUUCUGGCGAUUUUAAAAUAGUGACAAAACUUGUAGACUUAAGAGCAGAGAAGCCACCAGAAGACACUCAAGCUUUAUCUAAUUUAAAAUCUGCCAGCAGCAAGCUUGUGGCAAAAUAUUUAUCUCUUCCAGAGCCCUCUACUAUUACCGAUAACAUUGAAAGUUACAAUGAUUUGAUAAGGUUUGGAUACAUCCCAGAAAACUCAAAAAGAAAACUUCUUUCAAAAAAUAUCAGCAAGAAAUCCAUAACAGAGAGAGGACCUCUACCUGCAGAUAUUAUCAAUCAGAAAGAUCCAAAUUUAAUUGGAUGAGAUUUAUACACUCCUUUACACUAUGCUUGCAUGCUUGGAAAACUAUAGGGCUUUCCCUUAAAUAGCCCGAUAACGGGAUGAAGCCAGCUAGUUAUCGGGCUAUUCAAGGGAAAGCCCUAUAGAAGAUACCAUAGAACUCAUAAACCAAGGCGCAGAUGUUAAUGCAGUCUCUGAAUAUUCGCUUACUCCUUUACAUUUAGCCGCUCAGUUUAAUAAAUCAAAUACAAUAAAAGUUUUAAUAGACAAUGGGGCAAUAAAAAACCAAAGAGACCAAAAAAAUAUGGCACCUCUUAUGCUAGCUGCUAAAUUUGGAGCUACAGAUAGUUUAAAGUCAUUACUAGGAAAUGGGGCAGACCCUUAUGAGAUGGACGAGAAAAAAUGAACAUGCUUGCAUUAUGCGAGUUUUCAUAAUAAAGAAAAAAUUGUAGCAGAGCUGAUUAAAUGAGACAGUGAUGAAAACAAACUGCAUUUAAUAAAGAAUUUGCAUGGAAAAACAGCAUUAGAGCUUACUUCCAACCCAAAAACAAAAGCAGCUUUUGAUACCUUAUGGAUGGCUGCACAUAAAGGAGACUUAGAUUUGGCAAGAAAAUUAUUUAGAAAAGGCCAUGAUGUCAAUGAGAGAACAUUGCUUGAAAGGAAUACUCCACUUAUGAAUGUAAAUCAUAUUUAGGCAGUUAAAAACUCACAAGUAAUGAUGGUAAAAUUGUUAUUAGAUCACGGUGCUGAUAUAGAAAUUACUAAUAAGGAUCAGCUAACAGCUCUAGACUAUGCAAAAGAAGUAGGACAUCCACAAAUAAUUAUGAUACUUGAAGCCUAUAAGUAG